AUGGUCCUCAUCAACGCGUGGGCGAUCGGCAGGGACCCCAGGCACUGGGACGCGCCGGAGGAGUUCUCGCCGGAGCGGUUCGAGGGCGGCGGCGCCGUCGACUUCAAAGGGACGGGCUUCGAGUUCAUCCCGUUUGGGGCCGGGCGGCGGAUGUGCCCCGGCAUAGCGUUCGGGUUGGCCAACAUGGACCUCGCGCUCGCCUCCCUCCUCUACCACUUCGACUGGGCGCUGCCGGACGGGGUGCAGCCCGGCGAGCUGGACAUGACGGAGGCGCCGGGGAUCACGACCCGCCGCCUCUCCCGACUCCUGCUCGUUCCUACACUCCGCGUGCCGCUGCAAGGGGAGUAG